CCUCGUUGAAGGUUAUAACAAAUGACAUACUUGUAUCAAUUACCAUGUUGCAAAAUUCUACAUCAAGGGCUCCUUCGUCCUUAGAAGACGACUGUCUGAGUCCUGUGCAAACACAUGCCCUACAACUGGCUUUAAAAACAAUGAAUGAACGUUGUCAACAGUUACAACAAAGAUUGAUUUCUGUGGAAGAAGAAAACUUGAAGUUGAAGUCUCAACGUGAUAAGGAUUGUAAUUUGAGGACUGAUUAUGCUAAAAGGCCCUCGGAGUACGAGAUGCUCAAGGAUAAAGUCGAGGAAUUGAAUAGGCAGAAGAACCAGUUGACGCAGCAUAUAAAUAUGGUUGCUACGGAAAAUAGGCAUUUGUGGACACGUUUGUCAAAGAUGACUAAGGAUAAUCACUCCUUAAGUUCACAAUCGUCCAAACUACUAGACUCCAUUGAGCAACCAACGUCUAUACCCAAACCGCAAGCCCACCAUCACAUAAUCCGGUCCAAAACCUUUACCCAAUCAACCCCGAACCCCAAACUGUGCCCCAAAAUCUCCUCAGAGUCUGAUCUGAGUCUCGAAGAGAUUUCUUUAAAAUUAAUCAACAAUUUCAUACAAGACAAAUCAGUAUUAGAAGAAACAGUAUGAGCAGAUGAUUGAAAUGCAUUCCGAUUUAGAAAGUGAU